AUGGCAGCCAGCGUUGUCGCUGUUCUCCGAGAUGCAGGAUGCGAAGGUGGAGCCAAAUUCAGCUACAACGCUGCAAUUAGCGCUUGCGAGAAGGGCGCGGAAUGGCGGCGAGCAUUGUCGUUGUUGGCCGAUUUGCGGGAAUCCAGCCAGAGGCCCGACGUCAUCAGCUACAAUGCUGCGAUCAGCGCGUGCCAGGGGUGCGGCCAAUGGCAGCAGGCGCUACUGCUUCUGAGCGAGAUCUGGGAAGCCAGCCUAGAACCAGACACCAUCAGCUACAACGCUGGGAUCAGUGCGUGCGAGAAGGGCGGAGAGUGGCAGCGAGCCCUGUCGCUGCUGAGGCGGGCGAGGGUCGCAGAUGUAGAGCCAAACCUCGAAUCAGCUACAACGCUGCAGUAA